UUUCUCUCACUUCUUCUCGGAUGCUCUGCUUGGCAACAUGGAAUCCUCCCAUGUCCUCCUGUGUUCUUGUGUCCUCAUAAUGUUAGCUAGCCUGACUGGGGUUUCAGGACAGGGUGAAACUACACCAGGGAGAACCAACUAUACCAGGCCGGUGUUCCUGUGUGGAGGGGAGCACGUGGCAGAGUCUGGCUUCAUCGCCAGUGAAGGAUUCCCCAGCCACUACAAACCCAACAGCAAGUGUACCUGGUAUAUAACGGUCCCAGAGGGUAACGUGGUGAUGCUGUCCUUCCGUAUCUUUGAUCUGGAGGCAGACCCACAGUGCCGCUACGAUUUCCUGGAGGUGUACAACGGCCACGCCCGCACCUCCCAGCGCCUCGGCCGCUUCUGCGGCACCUUCCGCCCCGGCACCAUCAUCUCCACCGGCAACAAGAUGAUGCUGGAGAUGGUGUCGGACUCGGGGACCACGGGCCGCGGCUUCAUCGUGGCGUUCAGCGCAGGAAAACCGCACGUCGACGAGCACCAGUUGUGUGGAGGGAAGCUCACGAAAUCACAAGGAUCUCUACAGACUCCAAACUGGCCCGAGAGCAACUACCCAGCGGGCAUCAGCUGCUCCUGGCACAUCGUCAUCCCUAACAACCAGGUGAUCGAGGUCUCCUUUGACAAGUUUGACGUGGAGCCCGACAGCUACUGUCGCUACGACUACGUGGCUUUCUUCAGCGGGGAGGAAUCGGACGACUCCAAACUCAUCGGAAAAUAUUGCGGAGACCAGGCACCAGAAACCUUCGUCUCAAACAGCAGUGAGUUGCUGGUCCAGUUUGUGUCUGACCUCAGUGUGACCGGCGAUGGCUUCAUGGUUUCCUACAGCGCACACCCCAGGGGGUCCAAACCCACCACACCAGAGAGGGGGGUCCGACCGGCAGCCAAGCCCGCCCCUGGGCCCAAACCCACCAAGCCUGCGAAACCAGUCAAGCCCACAAUCAAACCAACCAGCAAGCCCACGGUCCAACUGGAUCUCAAAGCCACAGCCAAGCCCACCAUCUCCAAAGCCACUCCCAAGCCGACAGGGUGGGUCAAGCCCAUUCCCAGACCGGGGCCCAGACCCAUCCCCAAGCCAGGCAGCAGAGCCGGGUCGAAGCCAGCAGUGAGACCCAGAGGCAAGAACAGCACCAGAACCAUCCCAGAGAGCGGGGCACCCCUGUGUGAGCAGCGCUGUCGGAGGGGCGGGACGAUGCAGAGCCACUUCUGCAGCAGCGAGUUUGUGAUCACGGGUAAGGUAACGACGGCUGUGUCGGGCCCCGGGGACACGCUGUUCGCCACGGUCUCUCUCAUCAAGGCCUACAAGGCAGGCAGCCUGAGGAUCCAGCAAGCGGGCCAGACCAUGAGCGUGAAGCUGGUCUCGAGCUGCAAGCUCUGCCCCCUCAUCCGCCGAGGCUCUAACUACAUCCUGAUGGGGCAGGUGGAUGAGGAGGGGCGUGGCACUCUCUCUCCCAGCAGCUUCAGUCUGCUCUACAAGACCCCCCUCCAGAAGGUCCUGACCAAUCUCACAGCACGGCCCUGCUGACCUCACUCGGCACCCGACCAAUCAGAGCCACGCCCCGCCCACAGCGUUGGAAGGCUGAGAGGAGGACCAGUCGGUUCUGACCCCUCCCCUUUUCCCCUUAUUCAUUUAAAAAAUAUAUAAAUUAAUUAAAUGCAGUAAUUCAUUAGUAAAGGCUGCUGCAAAUGCAAUGUUUCCCCUGCAAGUUGUCUCGCCUUAAACAGAACUACCAGAGCAGGCACCUCUGCAGCGCUCGGCUGCUGCCGCACAGUCUUAGGGUUUUCGGGGUUGAAUUCGGAUCAGUUUUUACAGUUUUUUCUACUUUGCAUCAAUUUUUUUUUUUUUUUUUUUUUAACACGAGUGCCAUCUUAAAACAAUAUCCCGUCUUUGCAUAUCAAUACCGUGUCGUAAUCCUGAACGCCAGAGAGCGGAGCUGUUUAGAGAUGCCGCUCACGCUGGAAAGCAGAUGCAAAGGGAGAAGAAAAAUAAAAUGAGCAAGAAUUGCAUGUGGGUGGAACGGGCAGAAGGACUGGGCUCCUCCAAGACCCGACUUGACGAGGUUCUGAGAUCAGUCAGCUGCUCGGAACCGGACAAGCCGAACCGCCUCCCCUGGAUUGUAGACUUUCUUUCAGGAGGAAUUGGCCAGCAUGCAGAUAUAGCUUGUGGUAGUUCACUUAAAGAAGCUGUUUGAGACAGAUGGAUAUUAUAUUUGAUAGUCAUUCCAGACUGGGGUCGACGUUUCUUUUCAUUAAAAAAGGACAGCGAUGUGGGGGGGGGGGAUAAAAACCAAACUGUAACACAGUUUAAAAUAUCGAAUUUGUUUUUGUUUUUCACUUAAAGGUAUAUUUUCAACGACCCAACUUUGUAUGUUUCAAAUCAUCAAUUCAAAGAGCAACGCUGCUUUAUUCUUCUUCUUCUUCAUUUGUUGAUGAAGCAUAUCGUAUUUUAAACUUUUCGUUUCUGAUCUAUAGCCCUGCGUGUCAGUUACCAGACGCUUCGUUCGUUAUAAAUCACAAGAGUAUUUCUGAGGAGAGGGGUAUCUUUUCAGGGAUGUCUAUUGAGCAAGGAGUCUGAGUUGUGGGGUGUUUGGGCAACUAAUACCCCACCCGGCACAAAACAGCAGGAUGUGAUCAUUUUAUAUGGGCACUAAUAUUAAUGAUUUUAACAGUGCUAUGAUGUAUGAUUCCGAAUAAAAAUCUGUCUAUUAUAAA